AUGUCGGAAUCUUCGAAAGAAGUAGUCGAAAUUCGCCCGGCAAGUACUGAAGAAGACUGGAAAGCUGUCAAAGCCAUUGCAGUUAGUGGUAUUACUGGACAGUCUAAGAACCUUUCUCAGCAAAUAUUUUGGCAUCCUAUUUACUUGGCCGCUUUUGGAUUCGUUUUCUUAGGAGUAUAUCGCAUGACCAAAAUGGCAGAGGGAAAUACAAUUUUGAGGACGGUCUUGUUAGGAGUCUUUGUGAGUGCUUUCUUUUUAACAAUUAUGGAAAUUCCCUGUCGAAAUCUAUUUUCUUCUAUUGCUGACGAAAUGACCGAAGAUACUGGUAAUUUGCGCGACGAAAAUCUUAAGCAUUUCUAUUUAGCCUACGUCAACAAAGAUCGAUUGAUUGGAAUUAUUGGUAUCCUUCCUCCGAAUGCAGUGGGUGCUUACAACAAUACUCCUACCAUUGUUCAUUGGAAUGUGAUCCCCAAGUUUUAUAAAUUUGCUUACGAUUUGCUCGACGUGGCCUUAAACAGUGCAAAAAAAAUGAAGCAAAACAAGGUUUCAGCUGAGUCAUUUACUACGGAUAAAUGGAUUUUACAAAGUCUCAAGUCCGACGGGUUUGAACCUGUUGUCGAUGAAGCAUUUGACUAUUUGUCUUUCUUUGGUUUGCGACAUGUCAUAUUGCAAACCAGCCUCAAAGAUCGACCUAAAGGUGAUAGAAAAUUGAGAAACUGA